UGUUAUACUAUGGAGUGGUCGCGCCGUACAAUUUUGUAUUUUUAAACUUCGCACGCGUAUUUAUUGCUUUUAUUUUUUUAUUUGUUAUUGUGGCCAACGGUAAUAAUAAACAAUAUUACUAGUGAUUUUUAUUGGAAUGAAAUAGUGAAACUUCAAAGGAGGUUUAAUUCUAUAAUUACCCAGCAUAUUGUUUUGAAAUGGAAAGCAAAGAGCUGAAGCCGAAAAAUGGAGAUUCGGACGCUUUGGAGACAGUGCUGCACCACGUGGGCGGUAUGGGCCGAUAUCAGCGGUUCCUAUUCGCCGCCAUGAUGCCUUUUGGACUGUCGUUCGCGUUCAUCUACUUCGUACAGAUGUUUAUAGCUGCCACUCCUCAGCGGCACUGGUGUAUCGUACCGGAGCUCCAACAUUUGGACAUGGAAUUGAGACGUAACUUAUCGGCGCCAGGGGCGGCGGCAGGCGGCGAGUGGGACCGCUGCGCCACCUACCAGACGAACUGGACGCGCGUGCUGGAGACCAUGACCCCACCGGACCCGAGCACGCCCACAGUGUCGUGUCAGAAUGGAUGGGAGUUCGAGCUGACAGACAUUCCUUACCACACUGUUAUUAGUGAGAGAGGAUGGGUGUGCGAGAACUCUGGAUACGCGCCGACCGCGCAAGCGCUGUUCUUCGCCGGCUCCUUCAUCGGAGGAAUAUUCUUCGGCUGGCUGGCUGAUAACUUCGGCAGGUUACCCGCCCUUGUUGGCGCCAACUUAAUAGGUGGUAUUGGAGGUAUCGCAACCGUAUAUACUACAGGCCUGUGGGACUUCAUAUUCUGCAGGCUGCUCGUGGGAAUGGCGUGCGACAACGUUUUCAUGAUGAUGUAUAUAUUAGCACUAGAAUACGUAGGCCCAAAGCACCGCACUUGGGUGGCGAACAUGUCCAUAGCGUUGUUCUUCGGCGGCGGCUGCCUUAUCCUGCCGUGGCUGGCGAUCUGGUUCGCCGAUUGGAGAAAGCUGUUGUGGGUCACAUCCAUACCCAUGCUGCUGUGUGUCUUCGCGCCUUUUGUCAUACCUGAAAGUGCUAGAUGGCUGGUAACACGCGGGCGCGUGAACAAAGCUGUGGAAGUGUUGCGGAAGUUUGAAAGGGUCAACGGCACCAAAAUACCUGACGAUGUCAUGGACGACUUUAUUGUAUCCUCCCGUCACACCAAAGAAGAGAAAGAGUCGAUGAUCUUCCUGGCUAAGAGUGCACCACUCCGAACCACUAUGGCACUCAUGCUGAUCGUGUACAUAUGUUGUGCUGUCAUCUUCGACGGCCUGGUGCGGCUGUCUGACGCCUUCGGGCUUGACUUCUUCAUCACAUUCACCCUGACUUCAGCUACGGAGAUACCAUCUGUGACUUUGGUGGCUAUAGUUCUGGACAGGUGGGGUCGUAGACUUCUUACUUGCGGACCGAUGGGAAUUUCAGGACUUUUGAUCCUCAUAGCUACGUUUAUGCCGAAAGGCAUGGCGCAAGCGGGUCUGGCGAUAAUGGCGCGGUUCUGCAUCAACAUGUCGUACAACGCGACGAUGCAGUGGGCGACGGAGCUGCUGCCCACCGGCGUACGCGCCUUUGGUUCCUCGCUGCUGCACGUGAGCGGGUUUCUCGCCACGGCGCUCUCACCAUUCAUCGUCUACUCGGAGAGAAUAUGGACUCUAUUGCCUCUGGUGAUCCUGAGCGUGUUGGCGGCGCUGGGUAGCUCCAUCGCCAUCAUUCUACCCGAAACUAAAGGCAAACCGAUGCCUCAAACCAUAGAAGACGGAGAAAAACUGGUCCUGGAACAUUCUAUAUGCGGAAAACGAGAACCAGAGAGUUUGGAAGUCGUUGAAUGGAAAUCGGAAAAAGAAAAAGCUCUCAUCAUGUAGUAUUAUAGUUCUGUGUGACAUUACAUGCCACAUUAGGUCCAAUAUGGCCUAAAACUUUGUUGCAUAUAGUAACACAAAUGUCACAUUCGGGUAUUAUACUAUUCCUAGAAAAUAUCGUUCAAGUCGAUAGUAAAAUAGGACCAUUUACUGGCUGUCCGUGUGAGGUAUUAGUCAAUUUAAUGACUAUCGUUGUUAAAGAGGUGGUAACCACGAUCAUGCGGUUGUGUUUAUCCAUAAUAUUAUGUUUAUUUAAAAUUCUAAUAUGAGUGUUUUUGUAGAGCUACGUGCUUUAAUUGUUUAUUACAUUUUAAUGGUUAUAAGGGGUUUUAGCGCCCAAAUAUUUUGUUUGUAAUUUCUCUUAAAUAUGAAGAUUUUAAAUAUACAACACAAUGAGACUUAAUAUAAUAUUGAAAUAAUUAAGAAAAAGAGAGAUGUUUAACAAUUUGCUCAGUAAACAAGUCAAUUAACAAAUAAGUGGCACCUUAAUUAAAUUAGGCAUAUCACUUAUACUCAGAGUAUUUGAUGAUUAUAAUUAUUGUAUUUAUUACCUAUGUGCUAAAGAUAAUACUUAAGUAUAAUUAUUGUAGGUGUUAUGAUAAAAACCAUGUGAGAUAACUCACCCUGACGAGUUCCAAUAAAGAUAGUCGAUAAAACUUUACUCACAAAGAGUACUACCGCUAGACGUUACUGUUACAUAGAUUUUCACCCGCACAACAAGUAUUUACGAGAUAUGUUAAUAUUUGUGACGUCUCCUCUCUUUUUCACCAAGUAUCCUAAAUAAUUUUGUGCUAAUCUCUUGCCUUAAAGUUUUUUUAGUUGUAUUUUUAUGGCCAUUGUUGUACAUGCCUUAAAGUUAUUGGAUAAAUAAAGUUUACAUCACGUGUUUUGAGCGUUCAUUAGCAAUGCUCUAUGGUAGAGUUGUUUCUAUAGAAAAAAUUAUUCAGUUUUUUGGUAUGAAACGUUUGUAUGUAAGAAGAUAUUUCUCAUAAUCCUGAACUGCACGUAUUAAAAAAAUAAUUUAUAGCAUUUUAACUUUUUUAUGGACACCUUUGCCUAAGAUAAUAACUUUAAUUAAACCAUUCUUUUGAAUAAUUUUUAUCACUUUUACUGUUGUAAUCGGAUGUAAGAAUGUUUCUAAAUAAACUGAUUUAGAUUUAUUAACAAGCUAUCAGAGGCUAACAGCAAGUUUUGAUUAUCAAGAAGAGAAAAGAGACGAAUUAGAGGUAAUAGAGUACUUAGUUUUAUCGUAAGAAAAGGGCAAGUGAAUGUUAGCAUUUACGAUUCUUUUUUUAAGUAAAGCUUAUAAUUUAACUGCGCUUUACAUUUUGACUAAUAUAUACUAAUAUAUGAAGAUGAAGAGUUUGUUUGUUUGAACUCAUUUAUAUCAGGAACUAUUAAACCGAUUUUUAAUUAUUUUACUAAUAGAAAGCCACGUUACUCCUGAGUGAAGCUACUUAUUAAAAAAAAUAAAAUACGUAAAACCUUUUUCACAAAAUAAUUAUUAUACUAAGCGUUUUUGAAUAGUGGUUUGUUUUUUAGACUCCAUGCUAAAUUUUAGGUAAACUUAACUUAGUUAUUGACGAUAAUAUGAAAUGUAGAAUGUUACCGGCAACUAGUAGCACAAACUAACUGUGAUACUCAACAUGAAUUUAAUUUCUAAGUUCAUUGUUAUUAUUAAUAGAUCUUCCAGAAGACGUAACAAGAAUAAAGUAAUGACAUUACCGUAUGCUCUCUAUGACACGAGCUGAAUGUACCAUAGAGCUCGGUGUAUUCAAUAAUUAAUACUACUUGUGUCGAUAAAUAUGUUUCUUCACUGAUUUUAAGACACAUUUAUUUAAAAUUUUAAUUGCCGCCUUCAACAAUGGCGGGCCGAGUAUGCGCAGCGCAAGCUUCUAUGCAUAUUUUUGUUUUUCAAUAAAUAAAUAUACACAUACUACCUACAUGUACGGUACAAUGUGUGAAUUUUGUUUAUGUGGAGAUUUCUAAAGGAAUAAUUACUUAAGCAUUACUGAGUAUAGGUGACUUAAUAAAAAAGUCUGAAUGAAUGUUUAUUAAAAUAAAACUGUAUGUACACCAUUUAUAAAAAAAAGAAUACAAAUUGAUAUAGUCGCUUA